ACUUUGCUUGUUGACUAUUGUGUUGGAUAACUUCCUUUCGACUAUGGCACGAAGACAGGCAAGAGGGGGUCGAAGAGCUGAGAUGAAACAAAUCGCAAAUGAGAAUAGCAGGCAGAUCGCAUUUUCAAAACGUAGAUCCAGUAUCUACAAGAAGGCGAGCGAGCUCGUGACGCUCUGCGGGGCGGAGGUGGGAUUGGUAGGAGCCUCGCCUACCGGAAAACCCUUUUCCUUCGCUCAUCCAUCCAUCGACGCGGUCGCCAACCGGUUCCUCGACCGAAACCCUCCGCCCGCCGAUAGGCCUCGCGCUUUGGUUGAGUACUAUCAUCGGGUCCAAUCUGAUGAGCUCAACCGGCAGCAUGAGGAGCUCUCCAAUCAAAUCCAAGCCGAGAAGGAGCACGGCAAAGUGUUGGCGCAACUGACCGGAGGCAAAAGCGAUGUGGGCUGGUGGGAGGCUCCCAUCGAAGAGCUCAACCGGGAAGAGCUCCUCCAAAUGAAGGGUCGAAUGGAGGACCUUCGGCGGAGGUUGUUGAAGGCGAUCGAUCAGCAGGCUCGGGGAGACGCGUCCGCAUCCCUUCAAGGACAGAAUUUAGAGAAAUAAUCCCUUGGCGAAAAUUGUUUCGAAUUCCGCUCUCCCGAGAUACAAGAAUAAGGAUGAACUAGUCUGGGAGAUGAUGAUAUGCGCUUAUUAUUUAUGAUGUUGAUUGGUAUCUUUCAUAGAUAAGAGAUUAUGGAUGGUGUUCUUGAUGUCUU